AUGACUGCCAACCGCCAGACCCGCCUUGCAGGCGGGCGAAUCACCAAACCCUCGCCAUCGUCCUCGUCAUCCUCUCUGCCUUCCUCCAAGAAAACGUCAGCCCGAAGCCCUCAGGCCAAGAAGCCUCCACCAGCCGAUUAUGAAGAGGAUUAUUUUCAAGACCACCUCGAUGACCAGGGGCUCGUCUUAGCCCUCGCCACAGACCUUACACUUCGAGACGUGCCGCAGGCGAUGGCUCGCGCCCGAAGCACCAUGUUCGGCCCUGUCCCCGGCAUGGGCAGCAAGCGCAUGGCCAAGACGGUCAACUUCCACGCUGGCCUGCCUGGCUUCGUCAGUGCCGGUCACGUUCAUGCUGUUCUCGGUGGCAGUCCGACGUCCGUGGAACGUGAGGUCGCUACGCUCGAGGGCCGCGGCGUCUUGAGACGGUUGAGGGUUCGUGGGAGGGGCGAGGUUCUGAUUCGGCAAGAUGAGUACGAGGGGCUGGUCAGCCGCUGCUCCAAGCUGGACGAGGACACGAAGGGGCUGUAUCUCAGAUUCCUCAGAGAACACCCUCGCGCAGGCAUCAUGAGUGUAGGCACGUGCGAUGAGAAGCAAGGGGAUGCGUUGGUCAGAGCCGGCUUCCUCACAGGAGGCACGACAACAAGAGAUGAAAACGCUUCUCUUGGAGGUUUCUAUGGUCGACCAGAAGAUAAGACGUCUCUCGCGAGCAUCGCCGCCGCGUCACGCGCUGCCAGCGGCGGCAUCGAGGCAGUCGGCGGCGUCGGGGCGCUACAGAAUGCAGGCGGCAGCAGCGGAGCCUCGCGACUCGGCCGGGGAGGCGUCGGCCCAGAGCCCGAGUAUCGCAUUGCCGCGCCAGGUCACGGUAGCUAUCUCAAGCUGGUCUCCGCGGCGGUAGAGCAUCUCAUGUCACUUCUUAGUCGGUCCAAGUAUGGCGAAAUGCCAGAAUACCUGUUGCGAGAGCGUUGGGACGGCGGUAUCGCGAGCGACGAUGCCCGCAAGAUGAGGCGCGCCCGUGGUGAGUUCACUGGCGUGCUGCCGUGGCAGACGAAGAAGUGGCGCGAGUUCUACGGCCUCGAAUUCGGUUGGGUCCUUGCCGAGGCCAUGGGCACGGGACGUCUCGAGGUCUUCGAGACCGGAAGUGUCGGACGCGGAGUGCGCAAAUUGCGUGAUGACUAG